GUUACGGAGAUCGAGCUACAGUCAACAAUGUCCCAGUACACACUCAACACUAUUUGUGAAACAUCGAUGGGAGUGAAGCUGGACGCAAUGGAAGGAUCGCUCGAGUACCGAAAAGGACUGUACAAGGUUGGCGAAUCUUUGCUACACCGUGUUGUCCGGCCGUGGUUGUACAUAGAUUUUAUUUUCUGGAUAUUGGGAUAUGCUGGUAAGCUGGCCCGUCUGCUCAAACCUUUGCAUCAGUUUACAACCGCAAUCAUAGCUCAACGGCGUCAACUGUUUCGAGAAGGCCUUCUCGAUGAUGAAACUAGUGCUACAGCCGGCUUAGCUGAUAACACUUAUGGCAUCUCAUCGGCCAGUGGUAAGAAACGAUACGCUAUGCUGGACACACUUCUGGCUGCAGAAGCCCAGGGCAUGAUCGAUGAUGCCGGAAUUCGAGAAGAAGUCGAUACGUUUACAUUUGAAGGUCAUGACACCACUGCAGCCGCUCUAGUAUUUAUCUUCCUAACGUUCUCUUGGGAAGCAGAGAUACAGGAUCGAGUCUAUCAGGAACUAUGCCAGCUGCGCGAGGAACGUUCAUAUGGCGAUGAUCAACACUUUCAGCUAUCUGACUUUGGUUCUCUUAAGUACUUUGAUCGUGUAAUCAAAGAGUGUUUACGGAUGUGGCCGCCAGUAGCGUUCAUAUCUCGUACCGUAUCCGAAGACAUUUUACUCCCAGAUGGUCGUCGUAUACCCUGCGGGUGUAUUGCAAACCUGCACAUUUUCGAUAUGCAUCGAGAUCCGGAAUAUUUUCCCGAUCCAGAACGGUUCGAUCCGAGCCGUUUUCUACCGGAGAACGUGGCCAAACGGAAUCCAUACGCCUAUGUUCCAUUCAGCGCCGGUCAACGAAAUUGUAUUGGACAAAAGUACGCUCUACUUGAAAUCAAAGCUGCUGUGGCUCAUCUGGUUCUACGAUACCGAAUUCUGCCCGUCACGAACCUGCACGAAAUACGGUUCAUCGCGGAUUUAGUACUGCGGGCAUCCAACCCGCUAAAGGUUCAAUUUCAAAGACGUACUACGUAA